GUAGCGUCGCGUCAUCAGGCGGCGACGGCGGCCGCGCGGGACAAUGGCGGCUCCCGGCGAGGCGGCCCGGGAGGAGCUCGGGGCUGCGGCCAAGGGCCCGGAGCCGCCGCCCGCCGCCUCAUCCCCCGCGGGGGACGGAGCGGCGGCCGCGGAGGAGCCGGCGGCGGUGGAGAUGGCGGGCGAGGGCGAGGCGGGAGAGGCCGGCGGGGGCGGCGAGCCCAGGGCGGAGGCGCCGGACGGGGAGGUGAGGAGCGCGGAAGGGGAGGCGGUGGACGGGGAGGACCCCGGCCUGCAGCCAUCCGCCGCCAAGAAGGUGAAGCUGGAGCUGAAGGAGAGGAAGGAGAAGAAGCACAAAGUGGACGAGGACGAGAUCCAGAAGAUGCAAAUACUGGUCUCUUCCUUUUCUGAAGAACAGUUGAACCGUUAUGAGAUGUAUCGCCGGUCUGCGUUCCCCAAAGCUGCUAUUAAACGGCUGAUCCAGUCCAUCACCGGCACCUCUGUCUCUCAGAACGUGGUUAUCGCCAUGUCCGGCAUUUCCAAGGUCUUCGUUGGGGAGGUGGUGGAGGAAGCACUGGAUGUGUGUGAGAAGUGGGGGGAGCUGCCACCUCUGCAGCCCAAACACAUGCGGGAGGCAGUCAGGAGGCUGAAGUCACGAGGACAGAUCCCCAACUCCAAAUAUAAAAAGAUCAUCUUCCACUGAAGUGUCCCAAGAGCAGCAAGAGAAGACGGAAGUUAAAGCAAGCUUCCUGUUGUGACCCUCCCAAGUUACAGCAGAGCUGCAGGACUGAAGCUCCCUCAGGAGCCGUGUCAGGACUUAAUGACUGGAGGGAGGGUUCCUGCUGUCACUGUGGGCGUGGGGCUUGUCAUCCCUGACCUGGAGCCUGGGGCCCCUCUGCACCAACAGAGCCGGGACAGGAACAUCCAAGGCAUUCGGUGUAUUCACCCACUGGGGUCAUAGUUCCUGCUGGCAUGGAUGGAGUGGUGUCUGGGUACAGCAGUGUGUCUCUUUGUACAUUAAACUUGUUAUUGUAUUCUUA